CAAAUCUAGGUUUUGUAGUUAUCAAAGCACUGAAAAACAACCAUGUCUACCUUACCAAUGAACCCAAAGCCCUUUCUAAAUGGUUUAACCGGGAAACCAGUUCUUGUAAAACUGAAGUGGGGGAUGGAAUACAAAGGAUAUCUAGUAUCUGUUGAUGGUUAUAUGAAUAUGCAGCUUGCAAAUACUGAAGAAUUUGUGGAAGGGGCCUUGUCAGGGCAUCUGGGUGAAAUUUUGAUUCGUUGUAAUAAUGUUCUUUACAUCAAAGGUGUUGAGGAAGAAGAUGAAGAUGGUGAAAUGAAGGAAUAAACUAUUCUUUAACAUCUGGACUUGGUUUUAGAAUCAAAUUCAUUGCGUAUUUACCCAACUUAGCCCCCAUAACGAACUCUUUUUUUAAUGCGCAAUGUUAUUUAGUUUUGUAACAGCUGCUAAAUAAGCAGUUUGUCAUUAAUUCUGCCAAUUUUUAUUACUGACAAUUUCAAACAUUAAGUUGUAACUUUAUGAAAAUAAAAUGUUUUGUAAGA